ACAAGAAUAAGCAUUGCAGCUUGAGUGCAUCCAUGGCUUCCAUUCUCAGAUCUGCAAGUUUGCCUUCCAGCCUUCGCUCUAAAGAAAUCAACAUCGAAGAACAUCUGCAGAGCCUCAAGGCAAGCAUUUCUUCUGCUACCACUGCAAAAGUGGUCGAUGGUAUCAGGAGGCUUGGAGGAUUGUACAACAGCAUUGAGGAGAUGAUCUGCUCACCAAGUGGCCAGGUUAGCCUUUGCCGGCCACAACAGAGGAAAGCAGUGGAGCAAGAGCUUGAGAAGUCCCUCAUCUUUCUUGACCUCUGCAACGCCAUGCAAGAGAACUUUUCUGAACUCAAGACAAGCAUCCAGGAGAUGCAGCUGGUCAUCAAGAGAGGAGAUGACUCCGCUCUUCAAUCCAAGAUCCAGUCUUGCAUCCGCUUGGCUAAGAAGGUGCAAAAACAGUUAAAGAAGAUCAGCAAGAAGCCUACUACAGUUGACCAGGACAGCUGCAUGGUGAUCAAGCAGUUGGCUGAAGCCAGAGAGAUUGGAAUCUCCAUGCUUGAAUCCUUGCCGCAUCUCCUGUCCAAGCAAAUUGCAACGCCAAGAUCUAGCAAAUGGUCCCUUGCCUCCAAGACGUUCCGCAAAAGACGAGUAACAUGCAAGGAGGAGCAAUCGCAGGAGAUGGAGUUGGUCAUUGUUGAUCUUGACAACGGAGUUGAGACUUUGUUCAGGAGAUUGAUCCAGAGCAGAGUUUCUCUCCUUAACUCUCUCAGUUUGUAAAUAGAUCAUGCACCAAUCCCGAUCCUAUGCGAUUGGCGUCUGCCUUUUAAAGGAUCUGCCGAUCAUCAUACAAUUUUGCACUGUACCUGUA